AUGAACAGACUUUUCGCCACGCCUCGCUUGGUUUCUAGGGCUCGUGCACAACGACCUCUCCGAAAAGGAGUCACAAGAGCAUGCUAUUCAACGAGACCUUCGACAGCAGAGUCUCUGGCAAAACCCAAGCUUCCACUAUGGACCACCAGCAGGGUUCUACUGCUCGGAGGAGCACUUGCCUCUAUUGGAUAUGUGGUGGGCGUUACCGACGCAGGGAAUCAUGCUCAUGAGCUGCUGCCCCGCCAACCAAAACCUCCCCAGUACGCCAGCAAGAAGGAGAUGGAGAAGGCCAUCAUAGAGCUUCGUGCAGCCCUGGGCGAGGAUGCGAUCAGCACGGAUGAUGAGGAUCUCCAGUCACAUGGCUAUUCCGAAUGGUCUUCGAUCAACAUUGAUCAACUCCCAGUUGCUGUGGCCUACCCUAAAACGACGGAGGAAGUUUCGCAGAUUGCCAAAAUUGCUUCGAAAUACAAGGUCCCAAUGAUUCCGUAUUCUGGGGGCUCUUCUCUGGAAGCCAACUUUGCUGCACCCUUUGGCGGGUUUAGUAUCGACUUUGCUUUCAUGGAUCAAAUCCUGGCGAUCCAUGCAGAUGAUAUGGACGUCGUGGUCCAACCCGCUAUUCAAUGGAUGGACUUGAAUGACAAGCUGCAGCACACCGGUCUCUUUUUCCCUGUGGACCCUGGCCCUUCGGCAAAAAUUGGUGGCAUGAUUGGAACAUCUUGCAGUGGCACUAACGCGUUUCGUUACGGCACUAUGAAAGACUGGGUUCUGAAUCUCACCGUGGUUCUGCCAGACGGUCGAGUCAUCAAGACCAGGAGAAGGCCACGCAAGACAGCAGCAGGCUACAACUUGACGGGUCUCUUUGUCGGCGCGGAGGGCACCCUUGGGAUCGUGACCGAGGCGACGCUGAAACUGGCAGUCAUCCCUCAGGAAACCAAAGUCGCCGUCGCAACAUUCCCCACGAUUCGCCAUGCAGCCGCGGCGGCCUCGCAGGUGAUACGCGCUGGCGUGCCUGUUGCUGCGAUGGAGAUAAUGGACGACGUGCAAAUGUCGGUGAUUAAUCGCGCCGGAGGCACGAAUCGGACGUGGAAAGAAGUGCCCACCAUUUUCUUCAAGUUCUCAGGCACGACAGCCGGCGUACAGGACAACAUCAAGCUCACCACACAGAUUGCGAAGAAAAAUAAAGGGGGAAAUUUCAUCUACGCAAACGACGACCAAGAGGCGCAUGAUUUGUGGAAGGCGAGAAAAGACUCGUUGUGGAGCAUGCUCUCCUUGCGCAGGGAGGGCGACGAAGUCUGGAGUACUGACGUCGCGGUCCCGAUCUCACGGCUGCCCGAUAUCGUCGAAAUCACAAAGGAAGAAAUCGAUAACCUAGGCCUCUUCGCAAGUGUUCUCGGGCAUAUCGGGGACGGCAACUUCCACACGUCCAUCCUGUACAACCGCAGGGAUCCCAAGGAGAGGGAGCGCGUCGAACACGUCGUGCACAGUAUGGUUGAUCGAGCUCUUGAAAUGGAGGGAACAUGCACCGGCGAACACGGCAUCGGACUAGGCAAAAAACAGAGUCUCAUCGACGAACUGGGCCUCGAGACCAUUGGCGUGAUGCAGACUCUCAAACGCAGCCUGGACCCGCACUGGUUGAUGAACCCAGGGAAAAUCUUUGAUGCUGUCAACGCGGAGAAGACCAGAAGUCAGCCGGAGGCCACUGCUGCUUCGACGCUGGAGAGGCCGAAAGGCAAAUAA